UGUGCACAAUUACAAUUAGUCUUUUGAGAUGAAGUGUUUAUUGGAAAUGUAGAAACAGCUGAUUGCUCUAUCAAUUCUCUCUACAGAUCAAACAAAAGCAUGAAUCCCAUAUGCAUGAGAGAGGUUUGGUCUUAUUUUCUGCAUUUUUCUGGAUCAUAUGCAGACAAACACGCAAACAAAAACUAAUCACGUUUUUGUUUUCUAGCACCUCCAUGUACUCUGAAAUAGGUGUUAAAGUGUUGGCAUAUACAGAAAAGCUCACUGCCUUUCCCUAUGUGGUGGCACUGACAGGGACAAGCAGGUAGGCACUCUGUCCUGGAUAUAAACCAGACAUCCUUCAGCAAGUCAAAGAGAGAGGCACACACACAGAGGAGGGAGCAAGGCAAAACGGGGACAGACGCAAGGACAAACAGAGACAUGAAGACAGAGAGAGAGCAGUGGGGAGAAUGCUGAAGCAAGGACAGAUGAGAAGCGAGAGCAAGAAUAAUAAAGAUGUGGUCGCAACAUCUGCUGCAGGGGAGAGAAACAUGUUAGCUAUUGUGACGAGAACAGCCAGCGAUCUGCAGUGACAUAUCCACAACCCCUCCUGAAUGACAGUGAGAAUGAAGAGUCUGCAGCUAAAAGAGAGGAGAGUUUCGAUGAAGAGACACAAAUCGGCAGUGUCUAAUCAGAGGAGACAUUUGUGAAACGUGACUGGAUUUUAUUCUAUGUGAGAUUUUAUCUUAUUAUCAUCACAAUCGUGUUGUCUUAUCCUUUCGGAAUAGAUCCAUACUGUUCUGAGGGGUCCCACGACACGACAUAUAAUAAUAACAAGUAGCAUCCCUGUCUGGAGGAGCUGCAGCCACUGUCAUCUUUCUUUUGGAAAAUUCUCACAGUGGAAAGCACAUUGAGAACAGAUUCUGUGCAGCUGGUAUGUUCUAUUUGUACAGGAAACUAAUUAGUUAUAUGUCCUGAGAACUUUUGUAAAUAUUCAAGGUUGCACCACUUAUGAUGCACACUCCAGCCUCCAUGGUGAUGGGGAUUGUCUUUGCCCCUUUGGGAUUGGUCCUUGUUUUCACUGCUGCCAUCACACCUCAGUGGAGAGAGGGACAGGCACGUCUGGGCAUGGCAGGGCCAGGGUCACUUCUUCGGUCAGGAUUGAAAAGUCAGGGGAUGGGGGUCAGGUCCGGGUCAGUGGAGGCACUUCUCUUACUGCGCUCUGAUGGACUAUGGGAGAGCUGCCUGCAGGUGGAGCACUCAGAGCUGAAGCAGUGCUGGCCUGUCGCAGGUCCAUACCAGAGAGACCCGAGAGUUCGCCUGGCACAAGGUUUGGUCCUGACCUCAUUGUUCCUGUGUGGCACCGGCAUUGUUCUGGCAUGUAUUGGGGUCCGGUGUUGGACAGAUAUACCUCUGAGGGGUAUAGCAGCUACAGGUGGACUCCUGGUGGUGAUAUCCGGGCUGGUGAGCCUGACUGCACUCGGGGUGUACACCCACAACCUUGGAAGACUGGGGAUGGCAGAUCCAAGUCAAGGCAUCAAUAACCCCAGGUUCCCCCACCUCAGCCUGCAUCCAGCUGGCUCGCUCUACUUUGGAUGGCUGGGUUCAUGUUUACAGGUUCUAGGAGGCAGCGCUCUGCUGUUCAGCUUCAAACGACCAAGAAGUCCGACCUGCCCGUCCUGUCCAGAGCUACCUGCCUGUCCUGCGUGUCGUUCAUGUCCAGAGAUUACCAACAAGCCAGACACAGACGUAUAUGAAGUCAGCUGUUAGAAUGUGAACCUCAAACUUAAAAGACUUGAAGACAAACAUGGGUAAAUAUGAACAAAUCUGGACAUGUGAGCAAUUCUUAAAGUCACUUCCAACUCAUUAGCUAAUAAAUCUGCCAACUAAAGAAAUUAGUCAAUCAGGACAUUGCCACUACCUGAUUAAUAGACUCCUGUCAGGUUUGAACAUGAUGGAUGUAACUGCCUCUUGACAUAGACAGAAAUAUAAUUUUGGGUUGUGAAAUACAAAGUGAUGAAUCAGUACAAAGAUUGUUAUAGAGUCAUUAAGGUCAUUGUGUUUGAAGAGAGCUCAAGUUCCUGCUGCCUUUAACUGCAACAUGUAGUGAAACACGACUGAAGUAUCUCUUUGUGCUGCCUUUUACAUUGUAGCCAUGCCUUUGUACUGUUGGCAAGAAACAUGACAUUUUUUGUGUCGGAACAAAACUGUGACAUAUUAAAUAUUUGUGAUAAAUUCUAAGAGUGGACAAGCAGUUGCUUAGAUAAUGUUAGGGCUUUAAAUAUGAACAAUUGGACAAGCUUGCUUUAGAUGCCGUCAUAGAAUACCACUGUAAAAUUUGGAUUUCUUCUGUACUUUCUAGUUUUACGUUCCUGUUUUCUUUGCAAAUGUGCUUCUUUGGAAUGGAGACAACAGUCUUGAAUAAUUUUUUUCAAAUAGAUUUGCAAUCUGCUUUUAAUAUUUUCUUGAUUCAAUCACUGUGUGCAAGCAAUGAAAAAGACCCAUUUUAAAAGUCAGAUUGCUGAAAGAACAUUACAAUGUACCAAUUUCUUUGCCUGUCAGGGUAAAUGAGGGUAUGAUACCUUUACUAAGGAGCCUUCAAUAAAUGUGAUAUUUCUGCCUUGAUAAUUUUAAAAGUGAGAAGAAAAAACUUGUUUGAGGAGGAUGUACGACAGGGUGUUGUUUGGUCUUUAUAAAUUAUUGGUUGAUGUUAACUUGUUAUGGUGUGUUCAUACUUGGUGGUGCAUUCUGCAUUGAAUAAAACAUUUCAACAAUA